AUGGUACAAUCUGUACCGUUGGUGGAUACACAGCCGAGUAUAGACCGAGCAGAUUUGACCACAACGAGUAUACCAAGCUUUGUAUUGGAAUACGCACCACUGGUGUGGCUGCAUAGCGAGGAAUCAUAUCAACCUUCGGAUAUUGGGCAGCAACUCGUACAUACUACCCCAAUGGUCAACUGGACAUCAACCAAAGACGCCCCAUCGCCAAUGACGCUGGAUAACCUCGACAAACUGAAUAACCUUGGAAACACUAGCGUCUAUCUGACAUCGAAAGAAGGCAUCGAUGCCGACCCGCAGCCGGCCUGGUUUCACGGAACCACUCCAGACGAGAAAGGCCAAACGAAUAAUGCAGUGUCUUGUGCUAUUAUUACUCGGGAUCAUGCCAAUGGGACGCUUGAUGCCUUUUACUUCUAUUUCUAUGCGUACAAUGAGGGUAACACGGUCUUGGGCAUGGAAUUUGGUAACCAUAUUGGUGACUGGGAGCACAAUAUGAUUCGGUUCCUGCAUGGGGCGCCGCAAGCCAUUUGGUAUAGUCAGCAUGCAGGCGGACAAGCUUUUACAUACGCCGCCACGGAGAAGAAGGGUAAGCGGCCGUAUGCUUACUCCGGGAAUGGCACUCAUGCGGUGUAUGCUAUAGCUGGUAACCACGACCACGCCAUCCCUCAUUUCAACCUGCCCGCCGGAUUUGUCGUCGAUCAUACUGAGCAAGGAGUGCUAUGGGACCCAACAUUGAGCGCAUAUGCAUACCGCUAUGACCCAUCGGAAGCAACGUUCCAGCCCUACGACUCAAGCCAUCCUGUCAACUGGCUGAAUUUCAAUGGACAAUGGGGAGACGAUGCACUGCCCGGCGGACCAGAGCUGGUUGGCCAGAAGAAAUAUGCGGCCGGACCGAACGGGCCUAAAUUUAAAAGUUUGGAUCGAGAGCAGGUGUGCCCGAGCAAGCCAUGCAUUGUCCUGCCGUUUCGUAUUUGGACGGAACAGCAUUAA